AUGCCACUUGAGCAGGAUAUCAAACUUCACAUAUGGAACGGCGCAAUUAAUAUAGUCAUUGUCUAUAACGAGCAACAAUACUUAGUACGUGCUCACCGCAAUAGUUACUUGCCAUUAUACUACGCUGAUAUAAGUGCUUAUUUUGAGCUUUCACAGCCAUUAUGGCUCGAAUAUCAAGGUGUACCAUUGAAAUGGAACCUUCCAGUAGGAGUUCUUCUGGAUUUGCUUCGUACACCAUCGAAAGAGGCCUGGGAGGUUCAAUUGAGGACGGAUAAUCUACCUUCACAUGAGAUUAUUCCGUACCAUUACCAUGUCGAAGAUAACUCAAUUGACUACACACGAGCACUCCGAGAAGUUGUAAUAAACCAUAUUAAACAAUCUUGCUAUACUUUGAACGGAAAUGCCAAAAAAAUCAUGGGUCUUAGUGAACUGGAACUGAAACGGUUGUGGAUAUCGAUAGCUACUCAUAAUCUACCAGAGUAUCACCAAAUCACUUCAAAGAUUCUUCCUUCAGAUAUCCAUCGAAUACCAGUGAAAGUGUACCUUUCUGGAACAAGUACGGUGUUCAACUUUGCAGUAGACCAUUCACAUCAAAAACCUACUACUUUACGAAAAGUUUUAGGAGACCUUACCCCCGCAUUAUUGGAUGAGAAUUUGGCCACAACUGUUCUAAUUCACGGAGUCGACUGUAACCUGCUCAUUGAUGAACCCAUACUCGAUGUUUGGCGAACCUUUCGCUACUUGGACAACUUUUUGUAUAUUAUACUCAUGCCAUAG